CCAGAUGCAACGUUAAAAAGAAUUUCUGUAUCAUUUAGUCAUAUUGUUACACAAAAGAUUGUAGUUUGGAAUUUUGAAAAAGAACAAUCAUCUUUAACAGAUCAGAUUCAGGCACAAUAUGAUAUAGUCAGUUUACCAUUAUUCGAUUUAGAUACUUAUGGUAAAGAACGUGCGCUGUGUUCAUAUAGAAAACCAUUUAUACAAAUAG